ACUUUUGCUUUGAAAGGUAAGUGCUGUAGUGAAGAAUCCGUGUAUCCUCACUUUAUAGUUUGGAGACGUGCAAGGUCCAGUCGGUACAACCUGAAAUUAAUCCAUGUCGUCGUGAAGACCGUUGUUGAGUUCAGUUUUCAGGAUCCACAGGAACAGUUAGCAGCAGGUUCGCUAACAGGCUGAUUCGGCUGUUUUUUUCCGGAGUUUGUGGCUCUUUGGGGUAAGAAUGGACACCGUUAGCUGAAGAAGGAGCUAAUGCCUGUCAGCUAAAAACACUGUCGCUGUUUAAAGUGAUUUAAACGCUUUUUAGGGCACCUACAUGUUGGUUUUAAUAUGACUCCACCUCGUGAUGGUUCAUUGAGCCUCUGUGAUCAGAGACGUUAGUCUGGACAACCUGUGUUCACUUUGACUUAGCUUGAGUUAGCAAACUGAAACAACUUCUUUUGCUUCAGAUAAAUCAAAGUUUACAAACCAUAAUGAGUAACAUAUCUAUCUAUUAUCAGUCAAAGCUCCUCAUUGUUGUCUUCAGUGAACAAUGUCUGGUCACUGUGAGGUAAAAACAAUGGCCGAAGUGAAGUACGCAGUGAAAUUAAAGUCGAUCAACCUGUAGCUUCAAAAGGGCUGGAGUAACUGGAGUAAAGGGAGAAGGGGCUGUCUAAAGUAGGGGAGAGUGGGGUAAGUUGAGCCACCCCAAGAAAUUGAUCAUGUGACCAAAUAUUUAGGAGAUGGACAUCAAUUCAUGGAGUCUGUGAAGGUUAGAAGCACAUGGGUGAAGGGGUUAGAGAUUAAUUUACAAAACAACAUUUUCGCUCUUGAAAGUAUAUUUAGUCUGUCAUAAGAUCAUUUUAAAUUUAUUUUGUACACCAAAAACCAAACAUAAAAGUCCACCAUUUUAGCUUAGAGGACUAAUAAAGUCAUAAUAGUAGCUCUGGAGUAACUGAGAAAGUAAAGGAGUCUGAUGAGAGGAUCAAAGUUUCAGUUCAGAUUGUUGAAGUGUUUGACUUUUUCUUUUCUCAUGUUAAAAUGUCUUUGUACAAAACAGCUUUUUAGCAGUUAUAUGCAAUAAUAAUAAUAAAAAAAUCAUUGUACUAGUUGAAUAGUGUAUAACAGAUAAAAAUACACAUGAAUGUGAAGAAGUGACUGUUAUUUAAGGCAGUGUUUUUCACAGAUGGUCAGGUGUACCCUGAGAAAUUAUCCAAUUUCACUUUAUUGUAUUUUUUUAUUCUUUUAUUAUCAUUAUUUGCAAAUAAUAUGCAAUUCUCAAGUGUCUGUGCUGUAAUCUACAGCCCCAGGUUUGAGUAUGAAUAAACUAAGAGAUUAUACUGCCAUUGCAUAAACUGUAUUUGGGGCUACUAAGUGUAAUGUUAACAUUACGGUUGGUGGUGUGCCUCGAAAUUUUUUUCAUAAUAAAAAUAAAAAAAUGUACCAUGGUUCAAAAAAGGUUGAAAAACGCUGAUUUAGGGAGAGAGAAGAUGAGGGAGGGCUGGGGUGGAGAGUGUGGGGGGUAGUAGGGAUACGGCUCAACUUAACCCCCGUACACGGGGUAAAUUGACCACAGGAGACCACUCCUCUUUUUUGGCAUGCUAUAUUAUCAAGACAGUUAUGUUUACACUCAUUCUGUUGGUUUGCAGGGAUGAACAACAUCUUCAUGUCAUGCUUCAUGUUGUGUUGCUGUUUUCAUGAUGUGUCACCAUUUUUGACUGUCAGGUGGUUAUAAUGUGUAAUUUUUCCUUCAGAGGGGAUGGAGAAAGCGAAACAAGAUGCCUUUGACAACGCCAGACUUCAGGUGAUCAAAGAGGGCUAUGAGAGGGCCUUCGAGUGCAUCAAUGAAGGACUCACAGCAGAUGAAGCUGGAGACAAAGUUCAGGCCCUGGAGCUCUACAAGAAGGGGAGGCAGCACCUGGUCAGGGCCAUCAGUGUGCCCACACAGGGAGAGGAGUGUGUGGGCAGCUCCUGGGAGUCAGCCAGACAGAUGAAGCAGAAGAUGCAGGAGACGCUGGACAACAUCACCACCCGUCUGGCCAUACUAGAGACCAGCUCUGACCUUGAAUCUGCACCCACACUUAACAGUGUUUCCCCCUCAGGUGCUUCAGCCCCUCCUGCUGAGGGUCUCUACCCAACACUGCCCGCAAAACAGAAACCAGAGAGACCAGCUCCACCAAAUCUUCUUUCUGCUGACGGCUCAGCAGUAGGAGCCGUAGGAGGCAAACCUGCGAGCAAAAGUGAGGGUCUGCCUCUGUCUCCCAGCAGGCAGCCUGUGGCUCCAGCCGAGCAGCCUCCAGCUUACUCUCCUCAGGCGGCUGAUGGCCACCUCUCUAUCUCAUACGGGACAGAAACAGGAGAGAUGUCGCUGGUGGGAGAGGAGUUCUACAGUCGUACAUCAAACUCAACACCGUCCCCCCAGAGUAUGGGCGAGGAAGGAGAGGAGCUGGUGUACAUCCCUCAUGGGGUACAGAUAUUCUUUGUCACACCUGAGGGACAGGUGAGCGCUCCAUCGUACCCGGGGUACCUGCGGCUGGUGAAGUUCACAAGUGAACUCUCUGACAGGACGCCAAACCGACCACCAGCAUUUCUGCAGGUAAGAGUAAUGUCUGAUGUCUGAUGUAACUCUGGAAAAGGAUAGAUAAUCCACAAUUGUGAUGCCAUGAAAGUGAAACGUCACCACUCUUUCUUUACCCUUUCACCUAUUUUUGUAAGAGCGUCUUCGGCGAGUGAAGACAUCUCUGACUGUGAGUCAUCAGCAGGCGGAGAUAGGCUUGUCAAUAAUCUCUAAUGCUUGCCCUGUGGUCGGGAUCAUGUGAGAGUUGUUUAGUCACUGUCCUUAAUCCUAUUGGCUUACGGACAUGUCGUCAUGCUCCCGGGAAAAUCAAUAUCAUGUCUGGUCCAAAAUUCAACAGAGAUAAUAAAACACGUAAAGCAGAUAUCAGUGUGUAAAACACGUACUUUCAUAAACAAAUACCAUCCAUGAACAUUUUUAUUUAUUUAUUUAAUUCUCUAAUGAUGUUGAGAUAAAACAGAAAUACAUUUAGAACAAAUUAACAAACGAGACAAUGAGGUAAAAUCAAUGAAAAAAUGACUCUUCUUUUAAAUAUGGUACUUAAAAUAAAAAGAGAAGUUUACCUUUUGUAUGCACCAAGUACAACAUUUAUGAGAUUUAAUAUGUCGCCUCUUGUUGUUGUAAAAUAUUCACUUCAGAUCAGAUUGUUUAUGUCUGAAAAUAUGUGGGAUUACAGCUAAGAGCCACAAACGUAUUCAGCAAUUCUGAUGCCUUAAAACCUCACAAAUGAGCACUCACAAUGCGUCACAAUAUCAAACUAAAAAGGAGUUAUAAAGCUGUCCUGGAUUUUUGUAUUCAUAUCAGUCAAACACAACAGUUUCCUGAGAUGCUCAAAUGUUCUCAUUGAUCCAUUAAAAAACAGGGUAAAAUUCUGCACAGUCCUACUUUGUCCACAGUAGUAGGCCUUUGAACAUCUAGACUACUUUGUAAAUAUACAGGAGGCCACCUGCAAACACUACAGUGAGAGAUAAGAAAGAAGCUGUAUUAUCCUGUUAGCUUGAAUUUUUGUGGAAAGGCUUAAUCAAUACUUUAUCUUGUUUUUAUACGUCGUCACGUCUUCAGAUGUUUCAUGUUUUGCCUCCAUGAUCAUGAGACCGAAGUCUGACUCUUCAUGGGGAAUUUCCCAGGUGCUAUUGCCAGUGGGUGACAUCAGAGAUUCACGAGUGCUCGUAAUUAUCUAAACCCUGCUUACACCGUUAUGGCCUCUAAUCCUGUUAGCCAUGCUGCAGUCAGAGGGAGACAGUGUCCUCUGGUUUGUCUCCUCUCAGACUACGACACACUGACUGUGGCACCAAACAGACAAUAUUAGACGACUAAGGCUGGUCUAGUUUGGAAACAAAGGCCUUCAGACAGAUGUUACACCUCAUGUGUAGAUCCAAUCAGUAAACGCCGCCCUACAGAAAUAAAGCUUUUAGACACAACAUAUCAUCCUGAUAUCAUGAAAAUCUCUCUCAUGUGUUUUACCUCCUUUAUUGCUUCUGCAGGUGUGUGACUGGAUCUACCCUCUCAUGGCCAUGGACUCUCCCGUGUUGCUGUGUAACACCGGUGUGUUUAUGUUCCCUGACAUGAUGGCUCCAGCUCCAGGAUAUUACGUUGGGGUGGUUCUAUCCUCAGAGCUGCCCGCCGCAGACAGAGAGCUGUUUCAUGACCUGCUGUCCCAAAUGACCGACCUCAGGGUUCAGGUCAGUGUUGAUGAGAAGUCAGAUCUGCUACGGCACGAAAUGUGUUUGAACAAAUGUAAACGUUGGUUAUAUUCCACACUUUGUUACCCUUACAGGUCAUCUGCAGCUUCACACCAUUUAUCAUUAUUGUUUUCUGAUCAAAUGCUCCUUUUCAAAGUCUGUUUUUCUGUGAUGCAAGUUGAGACACAAGUCGCUGAAAUCGUUAUAUAACGACUUUUGCAAAUCCUGCUGUGCCAGUUGGGAGCACUGGGGGCUAUUUUUGGAAAUGAAACAGUGAAGUUGCAGCAUUCUGCCUGUAAUACAGACAUGUGAAAGUGGAGACAUCUAUUUUCAAUGAUGUGUCAGAGCUUUAUCAAUCAUUUAAGUCUGUAAGAUGCAGUCUGAUAUUUAUUUAUCUUUUUAAUUUAUUUUAACUUAUUUUUUUAAACACAACACAAGAAAGUAAAGUGAAAAAAAAUAAAAAUAAAUAAGAAUAUUCAAAACAACAAUAACAGUAAUCAAAGCAAAAAUAAAUAAAUAAAUAAAAUAAUAAUAAUAAUAAUAAUAAUAAUAAUAAUGUGAACCCAACAUGUCUGAAUAGGGGUAGGAUGAAGCAUUACAAACUCAGACUCUCAUUUCGUUUAGCAAUGUGCAGUUUUUAUGCAGAUGUGUAGCUCUCUCUGAUAGCUUAACAUUCAGAGGUCCUAUCACCUAAUUGUACUUUUCCUGCCACACUAAGGUAUAUUUUUUGCUGUGUUCAGUCAAAUUCAGGUGCAUCACAUCAGUAGACGUGUUUUUCCUGUGCCCCUCAAGAACAUCAUCACAAACAUGAUUUGCAGGAGGAGGAAAGACUUGAUUAAAUUGGUUUCUUACAUGAAAAAGAUUUUAGCUGCUGCUUACUCGGUGCUUCGAGGCUUCAAACUUUUUCAUUGUUUUACCCUGGCACCAAACUCUCGUUGCUGCUUACUUCUGAGCUGGCACACUUCUCACACUUAGUCCUGCCUCAGCAUUCCCCGGAUUUGAGACAAGCAGGUGAGAAGAAUUAAUCAGUUAUAAUGCUCUUAUCUGCAGCGGUUUAGCACAACCUCAGAGCUCUGGCUCAAAGACAAGCGCCAGUCCAUCCAUGAUAGAGGUAGAGACGCAGGCGCUGAUCGAUUCCUAACAAGGUCACUUGUGAUGUUUGCAAUCCAGAUAGUUAAUUCUCCAGAUGGACGUGAUUCCUUAUCAGCAAGUACGGACUUGUGUAGUUUUUGUUGUUGGGGAAAGUUGGAGUUUUUGGGGUUUUAAGACCAAAUUCAGGACAAAGGGGGCAUUUAAAAGCAGCCGUCUGUUCCUGACAAACAGCACUCUGUAGCAAGAAGAUCAGAAAAACAAGAGUAGCUAUUGUGUGAAAUGGGGGUUACUUUGAGACAAGCUCUUGAAUGGAGACGUGGAGAGCUUGCACACAGCAGUAGAUGAGACACCAAAAGUUCAGCCUUUAUAUUUUUCAGUAGCUGAUCAAUGUGUCUUUAUGGUCAGGCCCCAGAUGAAGCCACAGACACCAUCAAUCUCAGUCAGAAGGUGUCCAUCGCAGCACCUGAGGACACUGCACCUGAAGAGACUGCACCGGCUGAGACAGAGGAGGAAGAAAAGCCUCUGCCUGAGUGGAGCGAAAAGGUGGCGAAUGGGAUCCUGACAGGUGAGGUCGAGCUGCAUCUCCUUGCAGAGUAUCUCUAUCUGUUGAUUUUUUUAAUUUGCAGUUAGGAAAGACGAGAGACUGAGUGGAUAGGCCUGUGGUUCUUUCAGGUGCAUCCUGGCUGAGCUGGGGUUUGGUCAAAGGAGCGGAGUUUACAGGCAAGGCCAUCCACCUAGGAGCAUCUAAACUCAGGGAACACAUCACCCCGGAGGACAAACCCACCCAUGUCAGCCCUAGUGUCACCAAAGGCCUCCAUGUUGCCAAGCAAGCGACAGGAGGAGCUGUCAAAGUCAGCCAGUUUUUAGGUGAAUGAGUCAUCCACCGUCAGCAUUACUUCCCGACCUUGUGUGUGUGUUUUUUUUGGCAGUGGAUGUUUAAUCAAGUAAUGCUGUGUUACUGCAGUGGACGGAGUGUGUACAGUCGCCGGCUGUGUGGGUCGAGAGUUGGCUCCACAUGUGAAAAAACACGGAGGAAAGCUGAUCCCAGAGUCCAUGAAGAAAGACAAAGAUGGACGCUCUAACAUAGACGGCGCCAUGGUCGUAGCUGCCAGUGGAAUGCAAGGUAAAGGAUUUCUGCUCUUUACCGCCUCUGAGAGGACGUUGUUUAAAAGGCCCCUAACACACUUUGCAUUUUCUGUAUUUGACAAGGAUUUGCCACCAUGUGGACUGGCUUGGAAACAGCAGCUAAGAAUAUCACCACAAGUGUAGCAUCAGAGACAGUCACCACCGUAAAGCACAAGUAAGUCUGAUCUUGAUUAUUCGAUCACCUGUCUGAUCACUGUCACUCACUUUAAUACAAAGAAACAAAAGUCUAGAUCAUCACUGCUCUUCUAACAGGUGUAUCAUACAUCUGCAUCUACAUCUGCAAACCAAACGUGCACUUACGUCCUUUUCAAUUUGCUUUGCAGAUUUAGGGGUCUACAAAACAUCUUUGACCCCCCUAAUGAGAAGAAGAGUAAUUAUUCCUAAUCAGUCACAGUUAUUACUCUCUGAUCUACUAAUCACCAAGCAUGACUUUCAAUGAAUUGGCUCUUGCACAAAGCACUCUAACAUAACCAACGCUGUGCAAAUUCACUGCCACCCCUCUGCUGCCAAUCACAUGACGGGGCUGAAAUCAAGCGUAGCUACCUCUCUGUCUCACCAGAUUUUGAUGGAUUUUAGGGGUCGUGUACUUUGUUACAGGGACAAGCAAAUAUCUUCAGUGUAGAUCAGUGUUUCCUGCUGGGUGGGUAAUGCCAUAAUAAUACAAAUUUGUCAAACACUGUGUGUGUUUUGAUGUGGCAAUAAUAUCAUUCAGUUGUGUUAGACGUAAAUGUACAGUAAUGUAAGAGGAUACAUGUAUGUAAACACUGUAAUAAGUGAUUAUAUGUGUAUCGCCCACCCUAAGAUGAAUCAGCUGUAGCAGAAUAUCAUCUUAGUGAAAAUUCUGGCUGUCAGAGGGGUCUUAAUUUUAAGGGUGCGCACUUGCAUGGGUUAACCUCAUGUUACAAUUCCCACACAGCAUGGCAUCUCUUCAAUCCUUGCUCAGCAUAUUCAUUAAUUCUCCCCUAAUCCUCUUUUUCUCACCUUUUUCGCUCUGACCCCUCACCCAAUCUGACUUCUGACGAAGGUACGGAGCAGCAGCCGGACAAGCCACAGACCACGCGGUCAAUUCUGCCAUUAACGUGGGUCUCACUGCCUUCAAUGUUGACAACCUUGGGAUCAAAGCUAUGGUGAAAAAGACUGGCAAGCAAACGGCAAAGGCCAUUUUGGAGGACUACAAGAUCCCGGAGAAACCACAGAACAUUAAACAAGUGGAGAAAUCUGACAAAUAGCUUUCAGUGCCUUGCCUCAUCCCUUCAGCAAAGCCUUAAAGCCUAAUUUGUACUCUUCUAUCAAAUACAGCUAUAUUUAAUAUUCACUAUUUAUUAAAUAUGUUCUAUAUUUACAAGACAGCUGUUGUUAAGUACAUCAUAUAGUUUCAUAUACCUUUUAAGCACCUUAACCCUUAUUGAAAAUAAGGUAGAUGGACCUAGAUAAAGAAAAACAACAGGUUGUUCAACAUCUAUGAAAAAAGUAACUAUAAAUAUAAGGUUUAUGAAAAUAAUGGCUCUAACAUUCAGGUAAAAUCACUGACCUUAGAAGAUCCUAAUAUAAAUGUGCUGUAUGUACGAAGGAAACCUAGAUGUUUUUGUAUAGCUACACACUGGACAUUUUCUAAUCUUAAUGAAGUGUUUAUGUGUUUGAGUGUCCCCCCCUGUAAGGGUAAGUGCAAUUUACAUCCUUUUAAUCAACCAUCAGGAAUAUUAUCUGUACUCAAGUAUCCAUAAAUGUAACUGUUUUAAGAGAAGAAGCAUCUCACUAGCAUUAGUGACCAAAAUUAUGUCACUGCUGCUGCUGACUGUGCUUACAAAUCUCAGAUGAUAUCCAUAAUCUGUGUUUAAGAAGCAGGAAAUCAGAUGUCUACUGUCUGUAAUGUAAUGUACCUUCAAAGUGAAUUUUUUCAGCUGCAAGUCUGAGGAGUCUAGACCUGAUCAGUUUAGCCGAGCUGUCUUCUGCAUUUCUUUAAAAUAUUAACGUUUGUGGUGUUUUAUACAAAAAUCUAGAUUUCAUUAUUUUUAUGUGUGAACAAAACAUUUAGCCAAAGUGAUUUUUGACGUGUGAUGCUAACUGUUUUACUAUCCAGCCGGUGUCUGUAUUUUUUGACUGCUAAGGAUCGCCUCCUUUAAACUCCAGCUUUAAGACUUCAACAGACAAAUGUAAUUUUUACAAGACUAACCAAUACUGUAACUAAGCAAUGACAUUAUAAUUCAACAAUGAGUAAUUUAAUAAAAUGAAACGAGUUAAACUC